GACGACGACGACAACGACAACGACAACAACGACGGUUACUCUGAUAAGGACAAGAGCGAGAACGAGGAAGCGAAUACCCCUGAGGAUGAGUACAUGUCCUCGCCGUGGAGUGUUGGAGAUUCCUCAACCCCAAAGAACCCCUUCCUGGAGGAUUCGCCGCAAGUGGACUUGAUGGGUCCCUUUCACAACGAGCUCAACAACCGCAACCGUGCCAAUCGAGCUGUCGACCCCUUCCUCAGAGAUCCCGUAAGCCAGUCGCUCAGAAGCGAAGCCGACUAUGAGAACUACCACAAGCUACCGCGCAUCAACUUUAACAGUUAUGGAUGGAGACUAUGAUAUCCUUCCCCGAGCCGACCGUGAGGUGCUUGGGUAGAUGUGGCCACUAGCCGAUCC